CCGGACGGCGCAGUCGAACGUGCGGAUUUCGGUGCUCUGUCUUAUAGUGCCAACAACCAUUUCGAUUAGUACAAGUUUCCUUCGGUGACACAUCACACGGAUAUAUAUACAUCGGACAACAAAAAGUCCCUUUCUGUUCGUCCAGUGUUCGAUAUUUGGUUCGAUCGAUCGUGAUAUCCGCGUUGGUUCGGUUAACGGUUCGAGGAUCCAAGGUGGUUCAGGACGAUUUCGCCAAGAUGAUGCACACGAUGAGCGAGCACACCGGCGGAGCGGGGGGGUUGGGUGUCAGUGUUCUUCCGUUCGACGGAAUGGGCCUGUACGAGCAAAGACGGCCCAGGCUGAUCUUCAAGGUGCCCAGGGUGGUGCUAGAUCAGAAGGGAAAAUUCGAGACAGAUGAGCUGUUCAGGAGGCUCAGCCGGGAGAGCGAGGUCAGGUACACCGGUUUUCGGGACAGGCCGGUCGAGGAACGUCGCGUACGCUUUCAAAAUGGCUGCCGGGAGGGCCACACCGAGAUCGCUUUCGCGGCCACCGGGACGAACCUUCAGCUGGUUUUUGGUAGCGCAUCCGGGAAUUACGCUGUCGAUGUCAGCGACUGCGAUUUCGAGAAGGACUGCGGCAAGGUACACCUCAGGUCGCACCUGAUAAUGAACGGUGUCUGCGUUCUGUGGCGCGGUUGGAUCGAUCUCGAGAGGCUGGACGGUGUCGGUUGUCUGGAGUUCGACGAGAAACGAGCUGCCGAAGAGGACGCGAUACUUCGCGACCAGGUGGAACGUUACAGCCAAAGGCAACGCGACCUGGACGAGAAACAGAGGGCGUACAGAACCGGUGCGCCCCAUUUGAACCAUCAUCACCAUCACCAUCAUCAUCACCACGGGCAUCACGGGCAUCACGUGACCGGAACUGGGACCGGGGCGACCGGUGGGAUCGAACCUCACCUGACCCAUCGACAGGACCCCGAGAUGGAGGUCAGACUGAGAGCCUACUGAGGCACCGAGAAGUCAGCCGGCAAGACCACUUGACUCUCCCUCGAUUUUAGGAUCGUCUCUCGGUCAGAAGGAUCAAAUCGCUGGAGACACUUUGGGAGGGAGCUGGAUGACGACGGUUUGGCCGGCGUUUGGUGAGAGAGAGUGUCGGGUCGUUUGAUGAGAGAGUAUCGGGUCGUUUGGUGUGCAAUCGCUUGGAAUUCGAGGAUCCUCUGGCGAUAUGAUGGGGAUGAUCUCUGUUGCUCUUUGAGGAUAAAUCGGGUUUAGAAUAGUGCUCGAGAAGAUCGGAGCUCUGACAGGACUCUACGUAUUAAUUGAGUUUCUAUUGGAUUCCUUUUCACGAACAAAAUAUCUGUAGUCUAAAUUGAGUUUUUCAUUGAGUUGUUGAAUAUAGAUGUUUGGGGUGCUAAACUUCAUCCAUCUAGGAACGUUACAGAUUGUUUGUCCAUCAAAUCGUCCAGAGUUUUAUCGUCGUCAGAGUAGUACGUGUAAGACCUCUGGAUCGAGAUCAAGGGCCCGGUUAUGUUAAGCUUUUACGUUUAUCCAUCUCUCGUUGACUUCGAUCGAACCGAACCGCGGUUUUAAGAUUUUCAUUUUUUCACGAAACUCCACGACGGUUCUCUAGCACUGCCGCCGGACGAACGGGGAUCGUCGAUCGAUCGGAAAUCGGGAGACGAUCCUCGUUCGAGAAGAAUCGAUGUGUCCAGCUCGGUCCAACGACAGAACGCCGAAUCUCCGUGUACAAUUUUAUAAAUAAGAGAUGCCCUGUCGCGUCGAAUGUUCGGGCCUGUUCAAUUUUUAAGGGAUGUACUGUACAACUUCGCUGUCGCCGAACGGACACGGACAAUCUCGUCGGAGCUAGGGGCGACCCCUUUGUAAAAUUAUUAUUCGUUCGUAGUUAUCAUUUGCGAUGUUUUCAGAGUAUUUUGUUUAAGUACCCUAUUAUUUCCUUGUUAAAGAAGAAAACUAUAUCGUUAGGUGGUAAGCGCAGUGUGUAUCCGUUAACUAAAUGGUGUAUUGUACUUAACCUCGUCGCGGCGACAGGCGUGAAGUUAUCGAAUCCAAGAUGGCGUCGUGUGCCCAAGUACAGACGGUGACUUUACGGUUGUUUCUCCGUCACCGGGUCGCGACGAGUGUUACACGUUUAACACACACAGACACGGCACGUGGGAUCUUUCCAGCGGAAUGGAAUAUUUAGUCGCCGAUUUACAUAUCAAAGCAAGACGAUCGGUGCGGAUAAGAUCGAUGGCGUUCCUCGAGACAUGUAUUCGGUGAAUCACCAGCUGUCUUUUAACCUUUUAAACAGGCGUCUGACCGUCGUGCACUUCCAACACGGUUAACACACUUUCUAUUCUCCGAUUUUCGUACAAAAUGUCUUAAUCUCUAUACAUUCAGAUUCUGGUAUAUCCGAUACGUUGAUCGUUCACGGAACGCCGUGAUUUUAACACUGGAACUACCGGCAACGAACAUAAUCUAUUUCUGUCCUUCCGAAAGUAAUCAUAUUUAUAAAUCAACUAAUUCUGUCGGUUUCAUACUGCAGUAAACGUUGCAAAACAUCUGCGAAAGUUCACGUUGGGACAUUUCAAUCAUUAUAAGAGUGUACUAAUAUUUCGAUUGCUUUGGUGGUUCCUAGUGUUAAUGUACCCGUAGGCUGUACGCGAUCCGCGCACCGUUCGUUCGUUAUCAUCCCAUAAACUGAUCGAGAGUAUAUUGUACACACACA